ACCAUUUUUUCGUUAAUCGCGGCUUUUGCGAUAAUAAUUUCAAAUUGAAAUAAUUCCAAUUCCUACUAUACAUUUGGUUACGUUUAAAAGGAAAAGGCUCCCGAAUGGCUAAUAUCAAAAUGGCUGGCUUCGAAAUAAAGACGUGUAACAGCAAAAAGGGUAAAGCGAUGUUUUCUACAAAGAAUUACGAACCAGGUGAUAUCAUUCUGGAAGAGGAUCCUUUGGUAUCAUGCCAGUUUGCGUGGAACGCUGCAUAUAAAUACAUAGCUUGUGAUCAUUGUAUGAGGCCCCUAGAAACCCCCGAGCAAAAUGUAAGGCGUCUAUCAGCCAACCCAGACAUGGUUCUCCCACACCCAGAUUGCUACGACAUGUGUCUCGACAACAUCACAAGUUGCGACCAGUGCAGAGCCUAUUACUGCUCGGAGAGCUGCCGGCAGCAGGCAUAUGUAAAGUACCACAGGACAAUAUGCUAUGACUCGAAUGAUUUGCAGCAUCCUAUUGUUGUGCUGUUGGAGGCUUGGAAGCCCCUCCACUACCCACCCGAAACAACCAGCAUCAUGCUCGUAGUCCGAAUACUAGCCUACAUCCAGCAGAGCUCAGAACCGAGUUUAGCCGUCGCCACAAUCAAGCAGUUCUGCCACCGCACUAUGAAUGAAGAUGAGGAGAUUAUGCACAAGUUACUUGGAGACCAGUUUGUGGAUCAGCUUAAUAUGCUGAGGGAGCUUACGGCCAAUGUUGUUAACGGGGAUGCUGUGCAAGAGUUCCUCACUCCCGACGGCUUCUGCAGCCUGAUGGCGCUAGUGGGCACAAACGGGCAAGGCAUCGGCACCAGCCCCUUAGCCAUGUGGGUCAACUCGGUGGUGGAGCUCACGCUCUCCGACGACGAGAGGAGGCAGCUCGACCUGUUCCUCACCAGGAUGUAUGAUAAAGUGCAGGAAGAAUCCGGUUCCUUCCUAAACACCGAAGGCUCCGGUCUCUACAAGCAGCAAAGUGCAUGCAACCACAACUGCGCGCCCAACGCCGAGUCUACAUUCCCGUACGGCAACCACCGGUUACAACUUAAGGCCAUCAAACCUAUACGGCCUGGGGAAGAGAUCUGUAUCAGCUACUUGGACGAGUGCUUCUUGCAGAGAUCCAGGCAUUCUAGGCAGAAAGUAAGUUACAUUUAAUACAUACUUUUAAAUGCCUGCGACCACAACUGCGCGUCCAACGACGAGUCUACGUUCCCGUACGGCAACCACAGGUUACUACUUAAAGCCAUCAAACCUAUACGGCCUGGGGAAGAGAUCUGUAUCAGCUACUUGGACGAGUGCUUCUUGCAGAGAUCCAGGCAUUCUAGGCAGAAAGAGCUCGCUCAGAACUACCUAUUUGUGUGUGACUGCCACCGCUGCCUCUCCGAGUCCUCCCAACCAGAAUGCACCAGCGAGGAGGAAAUGUCCGAAGAAGACGCGGACGACUGAUGCUCUAACCUGCUGGCCUUCUGCUUGCUUGGCCUGUAAUGGACCCUAUAUGCAGUGCUUAAGGUGCAAUUUUAAGUACCAUGAGUUGGCCGGCUGAAAGUGUGUAGUGAAUAAAAUUGUGUAGUAAGUGAAAAGUGACUUUAAUGAACAGAGUUUAAGCUUCAGUUUAGUAAGUGAUGGAGACGCGAAUGACUAAUGUUACAAUGUGCUAGUAUUCGGCCUGAAAAAUUGACUUUAGGCUUACGUGUACAGGUUGAUUCACAAGAGCUGGCACGAAUGGAAUGAAUGAGUGAAUGAAAAGAUAGACAUAGAACAUUUUUAUUCAACAUCACAUGAAAUGGCAGAGUUAACAGAUAGCAUAAUACAUUUUUUUUACAGAUAAACCUUAAAUUUAGACUUAAAAACUAAGAAAUUGAGUUGCACAUUUCAGAGAGAAAUAUUCAUGGGAGCUUGCCUUAGCAUAAUGUUGCAGUGUAUUUACUACAACCACAGAUUAUAUAAUACUAUACUACUACAAUGCUGGUUUUCAGGCAGACCCUUGAUACAUUAUCCCUUACUCGCUGUUAGUCAAAAACUAAAUAGCUUAGAAUUAUGUUAAUAUGUAUGUAUGAGUGUAAACUAUAUGUAUUAGAAAUUGGACAGAACAAUUAGCCUCAUGCAUGAAGUUUAUAUUUGAACGAAAUAUGUUUUAUUCGGAUGUUUGUUACCGUUAUAUCAUGUUACUAAUGCAUUUCCGUUUUUAAAUUACCAUUUAAUAACUUAAAAUUAUAAAUAAAAAGUACAAAAAUUUGUCCGCGAUUUGCUAGCUAGUGAGCGAAACGCUCGAAACGCCACGUGACGUCACGCGUUCGACAGAUUAGUGUCAUUAGUAGCAAACGUCAGUUGGGCCGCCCAACGUGUGACGUCAUCACGCUCUGUCGAAUUCGCGCCAAAAAUUAUGAGCGUUUCAACCGCUCAAAAAUUUUCAACAUUUUAAAUAUUUUUUAAUAAAAUAAUGUUAAGGUUUACAAAAGUAUUUUUAUCAUUUCCGGUGUUCCAACGAUAUAAAUUAUGAAUCCAAAAAUAAAAAUAAAUUCAUGCAUGGAGCUAAUUGCUAGUAUGGUGUGUAAGAUGGUAGUGUGUAUCAUAUUGACCAAUAAAAUGGUGGCUCUUACUAUACUGAUACAGGUGUCACACAAUAAAAGUUUCGUUCAUUACAUUCGUGCCAGCUUUAGUGAAUCAACCUGUGCCUGAGGUGCAAUUAUGAAUGAACAGAGGCGGCUGUAUGCAAGUUCCCAGAAAAAGAUACUCUAUUGUACAUAUAUUAAGUUUCAGUUUUAAUUGUAAGGACAACGAAUACGAAAGAGAAGGGAAGUGCUAUGUAAUAUUUUUAAUUUUGCUGUUCCUAAUUAUAACCUCGUAAGACCCACCAUAUAAAGUUUUCCAAUUUUUAAUUUGAACCUUGUUCUAUAAGUAAAAUGGAACGAGUUUCGUUUGUUUUACAACGCAAUUAAACAAUAGAAAUGCUACUUUAUUUGUUUCAUGAAAGGUUCAAAUUAGAUUGCAACGAAUAUGUACAUUUUAAUGUACAUUUAGACUCACGAGGAUAAAGAUACCAAUAGGACCAAUCUGCAUUUCUUAUUUUGUGGAAGUUAUCUACUAUUCUAUGUUAUACAUAUAUACAUGGGUAAUCUCAUAUUUAGCGUUUUUGUGUCAAGUGUAUAGUAGAGUAGAAUAACUUAAAAAAAUACUAGUGCGGGAAUGAGCACUUUUCGUGCAUAUGUCGAAAGUUUAAAGGGCCAUAUGUACUCUGCCCUCCUAGUGUAAAAAUCAGUUUUUCGACAAAAGCUAGUUUCGAGAUAAUUCGCAACUCGUGUCGAUUUAAAACAUCGAAUUUCCUCUUUUCCGCACUUAUUAGUUAUUUACGAUACAAUAACUAUUCUUUAUCUGCUUAUUUGUUUAAUAUACUGUGAAAUUUGUGAACAUAUAAAAAUAAAAUUUCACUAUUGUGUGCAAUGAAUGUAAAGAAAUGUUAUAUGAGUACAGUCACAGAUUAUAUAAUACUAUACUAGGUACAGUGAAUUUAGAUAUAAAUAUACUAGCCUAUAUAAAAUGUAUAGCAAUAUGAGUUUCCAGAACCUAGAGUAUUCUGUAGUCUUUAAUUAUAUGAAUAUUUUGAGAUUUACCCGUAGGUAUUGUCCCAAAACAUAUUUGAUUAGGUAUAAAAACAUGUAAUGAAAGGACAUCCUUAUAACAUCACUAGGUAUGCAAUAGGUGUACAAUUACAAAUAUUAAAUAGAAAAGUAUAUGUAUUAAUACUGUACAAUAUUCUCAUGAGUUUUGAAUUAUACAAGUUAUCAUGAGAAUAUUCACUAGACUUAUAUUGACCGGGAAAUGGACCGUGAUUACCGGGUGACACCCGUGAACAAGAUGCAUGUAACUGCGUCGAAAUAUCGGGUGCUCAAAAACAAUACAAAAGGUAAUCACGGUCUAUAUCCCGGUCAAUAUAAGUCUAGUGAAUAUUCUCAUGAUAACUUGUAUAAUAAUCCCAAAUUACAAUCAUAGUUGAGAGACAGAUAGAAUUAGGAUUGCUAAGACAAAACUUUAACUUCCACAUACACUCGGCAAUUAAAAGGUCGGCGACGCGCAUGUAACACCUCUGGAGUUGCAGGCGUCCAUUGGCUACGGUGACUGCUUACCAUCGGGCGGGCCGUAUGCUUGUUUGCCACCGAUGUGGUAUUAAAAAAAAGACACGUGCACCGCACGCCUUCGAGUUGUGAAUGCAUGUCGUGUUUUGUCUUAACGAUCGUUAUUGCCUAACUUUCAACUUUGUGAUUAAGAUCGAAAAAGUUGCAAAAUAUUAUCAAUAUUACCUAUAAUUCUCAUGUUAUAUGAAAGAAAAGCAGGCGAAAGUAAGAAUUUAUCAUGGAAAAAUGAUCCUAAUGAAAUCGUAAAUUACUAAUGAAUAGUGUUGUUAUUUAAUAUACAACGAAAGGUUUAUGCGCUGUGAUUUAAAUACGGCCUAGAGGGAUUUAGAUGUAGUCGGUCCAAUUACUAGUAAGAAGUACCUCUUUGAACGAGGGCGUUUGUAUUUAGAUUAUAUUUUCAUUAGAACAUGUAAGGGAAACAGCCAAACCUGAGUAAACAAUACAACUAGGAAAUGUGUGGAAACGUAAUGCUGAAAUGGAAAUAAAAUAAAAAAACCGGCCAAGUGCGAGUCGGACUCGCGCACCGAGGGUUCCGUACUUUUUAGUAUUUGUUGUUAUAGCGCCAACAGAAAUACAUCAUCUGUGAAAAUUUCAACUGUCUAGCUAUCACGGUUUGUGAGAUACAGCCUGGUGACAGACAGACGGACAGCGGAGUCUUAGUAAUAUGGUCCCGUUUUUACCCUUUGGGUAUGGAACCCUAAAAAGGAAUAAAAAGCUAGAGUCCAUCUAAGCUAACUUUGCACUAACUUGAAUACAACAAAGUGAGGGAUUUCAUAGAAAUUUGACAAGAAUCAAGACAUCGCCACACUUUGUCAUUGCAAAUGCCAUGCAGAGUUAGCAUGGUUGGUGACACCAUUAGAUAAAUGGGUAAAAAAACCGGCCAAGUGCGAAUCGGACUCGCGCACGAAGGGAUCCGUACCAUUACGCAAAUAACGGCUUAAAAAUCACGUUUGUUGUAUGGCACUUAAAUAUUUAUUUUAUUCUGUUUUUAGUAUUUGUUGUUAUAGCGGUUUACUGAUCUUUCGGCGAAAAUUACUUGACAAACUUUCAGUUCCCAAACUAUUUAUCCCAUAUUUUUAGUUGGGCGAAAUUUUAUUUCGCAAAUUUACAUAAUCCCACCUAACCUAACGCAACCUAGUACGUCAUUUUCAUUUCGCAAGUAUGGGGUUGGGACAUGAAAUGGUUGCGAAGUAAGGUUAUGCCAACGAUUGGUUUACCAAAUGAAACUUUGGCGAAAAGUUAGUUGGUUGGUUGGCAAAAAGGAAGUACACCUGUUAUAGCGGCAAUAGAAAUACAUCAUUUGUGAAAAUUUCAACUGUCUAGCUAUCACGGUUCAUGAGAUACGGCCUGGUGACAGACGGACAGACAGACAGACAGCGAAGUCUUAGUAAUAGGGUCCCGUUUUUACCCUUUGGGUACGGAACCCUAAAAACGGGACCCUAUUACUAAGACUCCACAGUCCUUUCCGUCUGUCUGUCACUAGGCUGUAACUCACGAACCGUCAUAGCAGAAACUUGAAAUUUUCACAGAUGAUGUAUUUCUGUUGCCGCUAUAACAACAAAUACUAAAAACAGAAUAAAAUAAAUAUUAAAGUGGUGCUCCCAUACAACAAACGUGUUUUUUUUUGGCUUUUUUGCAUAACGGUACGGAACCCUUCGUGCGCGAGUCCGACUCGCACUUGGCCGGCUUUCAUAACAAACAUUAAAGUGUAAAAAUUGUAUGAUUAACGAAGUCUUAUCUUAACUAUCAGGGUACUAGAAUGUGCCAAACAUACUUAAGUAUUAUUUGUGUAUAAGCACUAUAGUAAUCGCUUGUGCGGGCAAAUAAUAUAAUUAAAAUAAAUAUAAGUACUUAAAGCUUGUCAAUUAACAUGUGAUGGUGUUUAUUAUUUUUGUGAAGUUUUUAUGUAUAUGAUUAUGUUAGUCAUUGGAUUUCUAAAAACUAUUUGUUUUGAUUCUUUAAAGAAAAUGGCUCUUAAAAAGAGUACUAGUUUAAUCAAACACGUGUUUGCAGUUACAUUAUGUUAUGUAACGUCUGUUAUAUAUUUGAUGUUAUAUUUAUAUGUUCUGAUAAGCUUGUAUGAAAUUAUACGGCAGCUUGUUGCUUUUGUUAUGUUUGUAAACAUAAAUAAAAUAUCUAGAAUGAA